UGUAAACAAAUGAUAUGUUGUGAUAUGUUUAGAGGAUAAUUUCGAUGUUACAAAGAACCUUGGGAAAAUCCAAGACAAUUUGUGAAAUAUGGUGAAGAGCACAAUCCAAAUAUUCGCUCGUGUCAAACCUACACGUGCAAAGACCGGCCCGUACUCAGUGGACGAUGAUGAGGAGGGUCACCCACGACUGAGCUUCAACGUCCCCAAAGAAUUGGCUGAUGGAUUUAUUAAUAACAAGAAGGAAAACUACAAUUUCAGGUUCCAGCAAGUGUUUGAUCAGAAAACUAAACAAGAGGAUGUGUUUGAAGCUGUAGCCAGGCCUGUGAUUGACAAUGUGCUGGAAGGCUACAAUGGAACCAUAUUUGCAUAUGGACAGACUGGUAGUGGGAAGACAUUUACCAUCACAGGAGGAGCAGAGCGGUACAUUGACAGAGGCAUUAUCCCCAGGACUCUUUCCUAUAUAUUUGAGCAGUAUGAGCAGAAUCCUGAUAAAGAGUUCAGCUUGCAUGUGUCCUAUCUGGAGAUCUAUAAUGAAAGUGGUUAUGACCUGUUGGAUCCAAAACAUGAGGCUGCCAAACUGGAAGAUUUACCUAAAGUGUCAUUACUGGAGGACUCUGAUCAGAACAUCCACCUGAAGAACUUGUCUGUGCACCCGGCUAAUAAUGAGGAGGAAGCCCUCAACCUGCUUUUCUUGGGAGACACAAACAGAAUGAUAGCCGAGACACCGAUGAACCAGGCAUCCACACGAUCUCACUGUAUCUUCACCAUUCACAUCAUGUCCAGAGAGACCGGCUCAGCAACCAUACGGCGAUCCAAACUCCACCUAGUGGACCUGGCAGGAUCGGAGCGUGUAUCUAAGACUGGAGUGAAUGGUGUGCUGCUGACAGAAGCCAAGUAUAUCAACCUCUCUCUUCAUUUCCUGGAACAGGUGAUCAUCAGUCUGGCAGACAAGAGCCGUCAGCACAUCCCCUAUCGUAACUCUAUGAUGACGUCUGUGCUGCGGGACAGCCUUGGGGGCAACUGUAUGACCACCAUGAUAGCCACAUGCUCGGUGGAGAAAAAGAACAUUGAUGAAUCCAUUUCCACAUGUCGGUUUGCGCAGCGUGUGGCUCUGAUUAAGAAUGAAGCUAUACUUAAUGAAGAGCUUGACCCCAAACUGAUGAUUGCCAAACUGAAGAGAGAGAUCCAGCAGCUUAAAGAGGAGCUCGCCAUGGCAACAGGAGAGCAGAGGACAGAUGAACUAACAACUGAAGAAUUGCAAAGAUGUCAAGAGAUUGUACAGACAUUCCUCAGUGACCCAGAUGUAGACACUGUCAUCAAUGUGGGAGCAGACAUGAGGAAGAUUCAACACUGCUACAAGCUCUUAAAGAAAGCAGUUCUGGAGAAACCGUCCCCAAGCUCCUCUGACAUAUCCCUGACCAAUGGCCAUCAGGUCCAAGAGGACACCGGUCCAUACAGCAAUGCAGAAGUCAGCAAGCUCAAGGAUCUGGUGCUGCAGAGAGAUAACGAAAUCAACAUCCUAGUGGGAAUGUUAAAGAAAGAGAAGAAACGCGCCUCAGAUGCUAUGACGAUGUUGGAAAAGGCCGGCCAAUCAAAUCACAGAUCCCUAAUAAGCUCAGUCAAUCAGCCAAUUAAUGGUGAAUCAAGUCAUCAGGUCAGAGGUCAUUCUGAGGAGUCAGAUCAUCAAAGCCGGCGGCCUGCGAGUGACAGUCGACGGCGCAGUGAUCGAGACAUGAGGGUCAGUGAGAAAGAGAAGGCUGAUGAACAGAAGUAUAACCACACACAGUACAAGAUAUUGGGAAAUAUGUCAAUGGGUCGUCAAGAGGCCUUUGAAAUCUUCCGUCGAGAUUAUAGAGAAAACCAUACAAUAGAGGACCAGAAGAGGGUGUUAAAACUACGCUACCAGGAGGCCAAGAGAAUGGGAGAACAAGUAAACCAGGCGAGGGCAAAUAUCAAUCAUAUUAAGGGGCAGAUUGAACAGUAUAGGAUGACUCAAGCAAUGCAAGGACUGAGGGAUGUGAAUCAGAGUGGGCCAGAUGAGACAGAACAAAGAUUGAGGGACAAAAUUGAGGAGGAAAAAGCUAGGUACAAAGAAACUUUCAAUGAGUUAAGGACUUUGAAAACAGAAAUUGAACAUUUGCAGCACCUGCUGGAGAAAUCGAAGGUGAAACUCAUGAAAGACUUUGAGUUAUGGUGGGCAGACCAGGUGAAUAUGUCAGCACAGAAUGGUUCACAACCCGCCAGAUCAGCGUGGAAAACCCCACCUGUCACUCCCUCUACCAGGGGUGUUUUGUCCACAUCCUCCUCACAGUCCUCUUUAGCCAGCAGGGGAGAGCAGCCAGGUAACGGCUGGUCAAAAUUCACAUCCAAACCGCCUGUACCAGGAAUUGGGAGAACCCAGCCAAACUACGACAUGGUCAACUCCACAAACAAUCUCACAUCAACACACAACAGGCCGUCUUCCAGCAGAAGAAACAUUCCACUGACAGGAGAUGCUAAAGCAGAUGCUGACAUCAUGGCAUUUGUACGUGCCAGGGAGAACAUAAUCAAACAAGAAAUUUCCCCAUAA